AUGAAAAGCAAUCUUUGUAUUAUACUAAUAUUUUUUGUUUAUGUUAUAAAUAGAACAUACUGUUUUAAUAAUGUUAUAAUAAAUAAUACCAGAUUUUUAUCUAAAGAAAAUCAUUUAAAGAUUAGAGAAUAUAAUUCAAACAACUAUAAUAAGGAUGAGAUAAGUUUACCAGAACAUUUGACUCUUAAGGAUACGUUAGGUUAUGUAUCCACACUUUUGGAAGUUGACGAAUAUGAUGAAAGUUCUCAAAAGCGAAUACCAUUAACUGUUGAUGGGAGUGUGGAAAAUGAAAAUGAAAAUGAAAUGAUGUCUUUUGCAAGUAAUACAUACAAUUCUGAUAAGAAUAAUAAUGGAAUGGGAAAUAAUCGGACAGGAACAGAUAAUGUAGAAUAUGAUAACCCAAAUAAUAAUGAAGAUGAAAAUGAACGAAAAAAAUUAUUUGAUCUAGCUAUGGAAUUAAAAGAUGGAUCAAAAAAUCGAAAACAAGAUAUACAAAAAAGUAUAAAAAUAUUUGAAAAAUUAAUAAUGAAUAAAAAAAAAGAUGAAAUAACUUCUUUAUCAUAUUAUGAAUUAGGAAAAAUAUAUUUUUUUGGAUAUAAAAAUUAUUUUUUUGCUUAUAAAAGAAAUAUAAAAUUAAGUUUAUAUUAUUUAAAAAAGUCUAGUGAAAUGAAAAAUCCGGGGGCUUUCCAUUUUUUAAGUUUUAUAUAUUUUUUUGAAUUUAACAGAAAGCCAAAUAAUGAAAUAGUAGAAGAGAUUGAAGAGGGAAGAAAGAAAAAGGGUGUAAAUAACCAUAAGAAAAAACCAAAUGAUGAAGUAAAAAUAAGAACACAUUUUAUUAAAAAGGCAAUCGAAUAUGAAAUAGAAGGUUGUUUAUUAAAUUACACACCUUCUAUUUUAGCAAUGGGAUAUAGAUAUUUAUAUGGUAUACAUUUAAAAAGAAAUUGUGAAAAAUCAAAAGAUUAUUAUAAAUUAAUAGCUGAAAAUGUAAUGAAUUCAGAUUAUAUUAACAUUCCUUUAUCUGAUCUUGAUUUAUUAAACAAAGGUAAUAUAAAUAUUCAUAAUGAAAUUAGUAAUUUAAAAAAUAAUGAAGAAGAAAUUUUAGAAUUUUUAAAGGAACAAAUUAAAGGUGGUGAUGUUAUGGCAAUGUAUGACCUUGGAAAAAAAUAUAAAGAUGAAAAAAAUUUUACUCAAGCCUUUGAAUAUAUAAAUGAGGCAUCAAAAAAAAAUAAUAUAUUAGCUUUAAAAGAGUUGGGAAUAAUAUAUUUGUAUGGUUAUGGCACUGAAAAGGAUAUUAAAAAGAGUAUUGAAAACUUUUCUAAAGCAGCGGAAGCGGGAGAUGUCGAGUCGAAGUGUUACUUGGGAUACAUUUACUACUUUAUUGAUGGUUACCGAGAUUUAAAAUUGUCACUAAAAUAUUUGACCGAAGCAGCAAACCAUGAUCAUGCAGAAGCUCUUUUUUUUCUCGCAGAGAUAAUUUUAGAUAUUUCAGUAAAAAAAAGACAAAUUUCCGAUAAUGUAUAUAAAAUAGUAUUUAAAUUAUAUGAGCAUUCAGCAGAUUUAGGAUAUGUUCAGGGAUAUUUUAGAGAAGCACAAUUAUAUGAAAUUGGAAAAGGUAUUAAAGAAUCUUGCUUGAAUUCAGCCCUUUCCUACAAAUUCGUUGCUGAAAGUACCCCAUGGGCCAACGAAAUACGUCAAGGCAUGAACUACUAUAUAGAAAAGGACUUUAUAAAGUCGUUUUACACAUAUGCGUUGGCUGCAUAUGAGGGAUAUGAAGUAGCCCAAAGCAAUUUCAUAUACAUAUAUAAAAAUAAUAAUUUAAAAAAUUAUGUUAAACCUGAAAAGGUUAUGCACGUGUUACACUUAUUGUAUAGCCAAGGGAAUUACAAAACUUUAUAUGAAAUGGGAGAAAUAUAUAAAGAACAAAAUAAACAAAACUUAUCGAUAUAUUACCAUAAAAUGGGAUUAAAUAAGGGGGACCUCAGAAAUCUUCUCCCUUUAUCAUAUUAUUAUGAGCAAAAUAAGGAUAAUGAUAGGGCGCUAAAAUAUGUAAGCUACUUCAUAAAGCAAACCGGAAGAGAACAAGAAUCGAAUGAUACAAAAAUGGAAAAAAUAAAAAGUAUACUUGACAAAUCAUUGCUAUACUUUAGAAAAUAUAAGUUAUUUUUUAAAACGUUUUAUAACACAAAAAAAAAAGAAAAAAAAAAAGGAACUUAA